UUCCUUUUUUCCGACACAGAUGGCGGGUACUAACAUUCACAAACACAUACCUAUCUCCUGCAGGUAUUCGGAGGAAGAUCCUCAUAGGUGGCGGUUACUAAUACUCACAAACACAUCUCAAUUAAUUCCACUCAUUCAACAAAGUAAUUCACUCAGCAUUCAACCAAGACAUUUGAGAGAUAUUUACCAAGUUUGAGAGAACCUUACCGAGAGCAAAAACUCAGCUCUGAGGGACAGAGCUUACAGAGAGAGAACCACGUGCAUGAAUGAAAACAGUGCAUUAGGUAAAACAGAGGGGUCAAACGACAUGUACUCUCUGAGCCGGUUCAAACGAGACCGUGCUCAAAGACCUCGGACCUUCCUAUGCGCCGGGAGAUUCGUAAGUCGUCUCUGGGGUUAUGGUUGGGGUAAGACCUUGGGGUAAAGAGUUUGGGGCAGUAUUUAUGAUACACCUAAUCAUUUUAAAGGGCCCAUGUCAUGCUUUUCCGGUUAUUACACGUCCCCUUGUGUGUUAUGAAGGUUUUUAUGCAUGUAUGAACCACCUAACUAACAAGACUUAACUGUAUUAUCCGGAGGAGGGUCUCUUUGCACUUCCGCUCACCCCUAAUAAUUGCGGAAGAGACGAUGGGCCUCUGUUCUCUGGAAACUGUAAUUCAAUAACAUACCUAAUUAUAUUGACUAGGUCCAAGACUGAUAUAACAGUGUGUUUCCUGUUUCCUGCAGAUGUCCAGCAGCUGGUGGUGGUUAAAGAAGAGCCUCUCCCUGACCAGCAGGAGUGGAGCACCAGUCUGGACCAGGAUGACCCAGAGCAACCCCCACACAUUAAGCAGGAACAGGAGGAACUCAGGAUCAGUCAGGAGGGAGAGCAGCUUCAGGAGCUGGAGGAGGCUGAUAUCACCAAGUCCACUUUCACUCCUGACCCUGUGAAGAGUGAAGAUGAUAAAGAGAGACCUCAGUCCUCACGGCCUCAUCAAAGACAAACUGAACACAUGGAAACAGAAGCUGAUGGAGAGGACUGUCGAGGACCAGAACCAGCCAGGAACUCAGAUCCAGAGAGCAGUUUACAACCAAAGACUGAGGACCACACUGGAGACUCUUCUGAAGACACUGAUGACUCUUCUGAACCUGACGCUGAACACAGUGCUGAUUGGAAGGAGACCAGAGAACCUGCCUCAGGCUCAAACUCACUGAAAAAUAGACAAGAAUCUGUCAGUGAUCCCCGACGUAGUGCUGAAAAGAAACCAUUCAGCUGCUCAGUCUGUAAUAAAGCUUUUAGAGAUAGACAAGACCUAAAUCGACACAUGAGAAUCCACACAGGAGAGAAACCCUUUCGCUGCUCAGUCUGUAAGAAAGCUUUUUCACAGUGUGGAAGUUUAAAGACACACAUGACAGUCCACACAGGAGAGAAACCAUUCAGCUGCUCAGUCUGUAAGAAAGGUUUUAGACAUAGAAGAGAUCUAAAUCAACACAUGAUAAUCCACACAGGAGAGAAAUCUUUUCGCUGCUCAGUUUGUGAGAGAACUCUUUCACACAGUGGAAGUUUAAAGACACACAUGAGAGCCCACACAGGAGAGAAAGCAAAUAGCUGCUCAGUCUGUAAGAAAGCUUUUUCACGGAGUGGAAAUUUAAAGGAACACAUGAGAGUCCACACAGGAGAGAAACCACACAUCUGCUCAGUCUGUAAGAAAGCUUUUUCACGGAGUGAAAGUUUAAAGACACACAUGAGAAUCCACACAGGAGAGAAAGCACACAUCUGCUCAGUCUGUAAGAAAGCUUUUUCACGGAGUGAAAGUUUAAAGACACACAUGAGAGUCCACACAGGAGAGGAAAUAUACAGCUGCAAUGUUUGUGACAAAAGAUGUAAAUGCCGUAAUCAUUUCCAAUGGCACAAGUGUGUUGGUCGUCAGUCCUCACAGCUUAAUGAAAUUCAAACUGAGGAUAACGGAGAGGCAGAGCCUCCAUUCAGCAGCUCAGCUGAACACAUGGAAACAGAAGCUGAUGGAGAGGACAAUGAAUAAGUCUUAUGACAGUUCAUACAUGAGAGAAAUCUGUCUGACUGGAUUAACAUUGUUGUACAACAUCCAUAUAAGACUUAAAUGAACUCCAUCUUUAUCAACAUAAGUGGACAAUAUGUUUAAUGUUUUUGUCAUUCUGAUGUAUACGUUAACCACUGACUGUUGAUGAACCAUUUUAUUUGGAUUGAGGGCUCCAAGUUUCCAUAUAGAGGUAUAGGAUGAUUUGAUGUAUUGUUCUUUAUUUCUAAAUGUGUUGUAUCAUUGCUAUCCUGUUAAUGAGCCCUGUUUUACAUAAAUGUACCGGUUAUCGGA